GCGCACAUAAAAGUUCAUUUGCCGAUCAACAAUAAAUACCGAAUGAGAAGAGACGAAGAAGAAGGAACGCGCAUGCGCCAAAAGAAAAGUGCUAUCUACUUUGUUGUCUUGUAACACCAAGAGAUUUUUGUCGGCGAACCUUGUGUUUGAAAUCUGUGGUGCUGUGAAACAUCAUCUUUUUUUAAAGCUGAAAUGAACUGCUUCGACGAUGACGAUGAAGGUUCAUCGAGUGAUGAUGCAGACUACAUGCCGUCAGAUGAUGAUCUCAGUGAAGAUGACAUUGAUGAGUGUGAAAAGGAAGACCCUUUGGAUGAAAGUGAUGUGCCACAUGCUGAUCGUUUGACCAAAAAGAGUGUCAAGAAAGGGAAUAACAGUAAGAGGAUCUACAAGACCAGGACCAAACAAGGAAUUCAAGUAGACCAAGAGAAAAAUGGAGGUGGUGCAAAAGAGGCUCAGUCGCAACAGGAAGAUUUGCAAAAACGGACCCAAAUACAGAAUAACGAAAAAGGUACACAGAAGCAAUCAGAUGACCUCUGGGCUCGUUUCCUGUGUGAUGUUGGCUCCAGACCCAAUGCCUCCACGUCUGCUACACAGGCUCAAACCCCAAAGGAGGCUCAUUCUUCAGCUUCUAGUGCUUGUAUGAAAACUGAAUCACAGGCAACAGGUCCAUCUAAAGUCACCAUCACCAAAAUAUUUGACUUUGCGGGAGAAGAAAUCAGGCUCAAUGAAGAAGUAUUAGCAGACUCCAAAGAAGCAAAGAUGCAUCUAAAAAGCCAGGUCACAGAAGAAAGAACAGAUGAAGACAUUCCCGGUUCUCCCACCCAAUCAGGUGGUCCUGGCCCCAGUACGAAGCGGCCAGCAGGGAUUUCCGGCGUACUAAAUCGUUUUGGGGUAAAGAAACAAAAACUGAGUACACUGGAGAAGUCAAAGAUGGACUGGGAUGCUUUUAAAUCUGAGGAGGGCAUCACUGAGGAGCUGGCAAUCCACAACAGGGGCAGAGAUGGGUAUGUGGAGCGAAAGAACUUCUUGGAACGUGUUGAUCACAGACAGUUUGAGAUGGAGAAAGCGGUGCGUCUAAAAAACAUGAAACCUUCAUCUUAACUACUGGCUGCCAUCUCCUCAGUUAACUGACUGCCUGUAAGGCUUCAAUCUAUUUUGUUAUGUAGAAUGUUAUUGGUUUGUACUUGUGCUGUUUCAUAUGUUUAGGCAGUGUACUGUAUGUAAAGAAUUUGCUGGUUAUCUGGAAGGAGAAAUGGCCCUUAACCUUUUAAUCAUGUUUCAUCUGGUUGUUUGAAACUCUCAGUGAUCAUUACUGUGUUUACAGUGCUCUUAGCCUCCAUCAAUGCACCAACUUAAAUUCUAACGUUAUGUUUUUGUUUUGGUCUUGGUUUUAAGUUAUCAAAUACACCUCAAAGUUAUUAUGUAUGGUGAACCUCCAAAAGAGCACUAUUUUUUUGGGACUAUUCUGAGAAUCUAUGUUCUUGCUGAACACCAAAAUAAAGUUUUGGUUUUAAAAUAA